AUGGUUCUUGAGGCCGUUAUGGUUGUGGUGGAUAACAGCGAGAGUAGUCGAAAUGGCGAUUACACCCCAACCCGAUUUGAAGCUCAAUCCGACGCUGUAUCCAUGAUAUUCACCGUUAUCACUGAAGCAAAUCCUGAAUCGUCGGUGGGAUUAAUGAGCAUGGGUGGUAAGGGGCCAGAGGUCCUCGUAACCUUAACAACCGAUUACGGAAAAAUUUUAGAAGGUUUACAUCGUACAAAGAGCAAGAUUCGGGGUGAAGGACAUCUUGCUGCUGGAAUUCAGGUUGCUGGCCUAGCAUUAAAGCACCGCCAAAAUAAAUCCCAACGUCAACGUAUCAUCGUUUUUACUUGCAGCUCCAUUCCAGAAGAUGAGAAAACCCUUAUCAAACUGGCAAAAAAAAUGAAGAAAAAUAAUGUAUCUAUCGAUUUUGUAGCUUUUGGGGAUCUGGAUGACGAAAACACAAAGAAGUUGACCGCUUUCAAUGCGAACGUUAAGAGUUCUGACAGUUCGCACAUCGCUAUAAUUCCACCGGGCCCAGGUCUCUUAAGCGACCAGCUUGUGACGAGCCCAAUAUUGAACGGUGGUAUAAUUGCUCAAGGAGGUGGUACGGCUGGAGAGAGUGGCGUAGGUGGUGAUAACUUUGAAUUUGGUAUUGAUCCAAGCAUUGAUCCAGACCUCGCAUUGGCUCUACGGAUGAGCAUGGAGGAAGAAAAGGCCAGAGUAGAGAAACAUAAAAAAGACAUGAUUGACGCUGAGGCAAAAGAAAAGGCUAAACUGGAGGGCAUCAAGGAAGAGGAUGAACAAACUCCUUUGUUAGGUAAAGGAAAAGAUCAAAAGGAUGACGAUUCAGACAAAAUGGAUAUAGCGUGA